AUGAAUACCUACGAUGAGGAUGCUAUCUACAACCCUACCAUCAACCGUCAGCUCAAAGGUGUCUCAGUGAGCGGAAGCCAGCUCGCCGCAACGCACGCACGCCAUAUCUGUGAUCAUGGUCCAGUACCCAGGAACUAUUACGUAGAACGCAAAGCUCUUAAGGACCGUAUCGAUGUGUUCUAUGCGGAUCAUUCCAUCGACGACACCAUUGUUGCAAUGCCUUGGGGACACAAGACGAACCCGACGGGUAGCUACAACCAUCCACUCUCUCCCGCCGGUCUGAAAGAGAAUCCGAACCCCAACAUCUUCAAGGAGUUUACCGACACCCGUCCGAGUGUCCCUGGAUUCUUUCAGCCACCCUGCUCGUACGUGCCUGGCGAUUUCGAGUGGAAGCACCACGAGAAUUGGCACGCGGCAUUGGCGGAUGCCGCAACGGCCAAAGGAGUGUCCGUUUCCGAGACUACUGUUGCGGAUUUGCAUGAUCAAAUAUUGAAGAACGCCAAGUACAAUCUCCAGGAAUCCCAUACUCUCUAUCACCCAGCCGAUCGAGAUACCGCUAUCUUCAAGGACGAGCCUGCCGCUUCUUUGGUCGCCAGCCAGUUGGGAAGCGAAUUCAGCCUGAUCAUCGUGUGCCCAUACGUUCGAGCGGACGGUGUUGACUGGAAUCGAUUCUGGGACACACGAAAUCGGCCUCCCAUCAUCACGAGAUGGUCAACAGGAGAGCAGGGAGUGCAUGAGCCUUUGAUCUUGGGAUGUCUCCCCAAGGAACACAUUGCAGGCACGAGGGAAUGGUACCACAAGGAUGCUUAUUGGUUCGCUCUAGAACCCAAGCCCAACACAGCAUUCUCUAAUGCAUGGGACUCUUAUCGUCAAGAGGAGAGUCUUACAAAACUCCAAAUGAGUUUUGGGUAUCCCGAAUCCAGCAACGUGAACAUGUUUGUAUGGUGCCUUGUUUCCCUCCACCGUAGGAUAGCCCUCGGUCUCAACAUACCCGACUCGCACCUCGGCUCGUGGAUCUGGCAAUAUGGGAAGCAUAUCCACGCAUGCGGCAUGCCACACACGCCAGCUCCCUUCAAUGGCGACCCAAAUCUGAACUACGGCGGUCGCGCGAUCACGUAUCGUGAGCUUACUGCAUGGAUCAUGAACCCGAAGUUCAGUACUGUCAGCAAGGAGUAUGCCCAGCGUUGGGACCUAGCCAUUGAGGCUUUGAUUGAUCACAACCGCUUUCGUGUCAUUGCUCUGACGCGCUGUGCGAACCGAAAGGCCGGCUACGCUUGCUGCUUCUGGCUCAUUAUCAUGGGCAUCUUCGCCAAGUUUGCGGCGGCCCUUGUUGCCAUUCCCUCAGCAGUUCUCGGUGGAAUGACAACCUUCCUCUUCAGCGCCGUCGCUGUUAGCGGUAUCAGAAUCAUCAGCACGAUGUCUUUCACUCGCCGCAACCGAUUUAUCCUCACUGCAGGAUUCACCCUGGGCUUUGGCGCUACCAUGGUCCCAGACUGGUUUGAUCACGUCUUCACUUACGAUGGACCGAACCACGCACUUCAGGGCUUCUACAACGCUAUCAUCCUAAUCCUCGAGACAGGUUUCGCUGUUGUUGCUUUCAUCAACGUUGUACUUAACCUUGUCCUACCAGAGGAGAUUGAGGACGAAGAGACACCGGAGUUGACUGCGAAUGAAGUCGACGAGCCAGCGGACAAGGAAGAGUGGGCCAGGGUCAAGAAGGGAGCCACUGAUGUUGAGGGACGACCAAGUUCGGAUAUUGAGCCUAGCAAGGCUGCUUGA